CUCGUCCAGACUUGUGGUUUGCCAGCGCGGCUACACGGCAUUGGAGGAGGCGGAAGAGCGGGGCCAAGAAGGUAGAGGAGGCCCCCAGCUGAGAGGCCAUAGCAGACGCAGGUAGAAUGGAGAGCACCAUGCUCACCACGACCCAAGUGGAACCGUUCGGGGCGCAGACAGAGAACGACUUGGCCAUGGUCGAGAACCAACGACGGUCAGAGGUGCCGAGCAGGCGGCGGCGCCGGCGAGUGGCCGUCGCUGCCAUCUCGGGCAUGCUUGUUUUCCAGUCUGCAGCGCAAAUGGGCCUUCAAGUUGUCAUGGUCAUCUACCUCCGAGAUCAUGUGGGCAUGGUCGAGUGGAGAGCCUCGCUCAUUGCCUCGUUGUUUAUCGUUGCAUACUCGCUCACUGGCGUUGUCGGCGCGUACGUUGCCGACUCGAUCCUGGGCAGCUAUCGCUUGCAGCGCAUCGCUGCGUCGACCUGGGUCAUUGGUGCUGUGCUCAUGGCUAUCUCGGCCUUUAACGCCGCCGCACCAUGGGCGCUUUGGCGGUAUUUGUUCUCCUCACUCUCGAUGGCACUCAUUGCCAUCGGCUACGGCGCCAUCAACCCGGUCCAGUCGGUCUUUCUCGCCGACCAGUUUGACGCCGUCGAGACGGCCGAGCUUGAGGCCUCAUUCUCCAUGUUCUACGCGUGGUGCAACGUCGGCGCACUGGUGGGAGAUGUUGGUGCGCCGAUCUUGCGGGCGUACGUCUCGCUGCAGGCAGCCAUGCUCGCCUUGCUCGGAUGCGCGGUCUUGGGCUGGCUUGCGCUCUUGGCCGGCUCGCGGUACUACGUCAAGCUUGAGCCGGAGCGCAAGCCAAGGAGAUUGGUGCAGCAAAGCAUGCAGCAGCCGCUGUGGGAGAAGCUGCUCUCGCUGUGGAAGCAAGCGCGCGAGAUGGCGAUUGUCCUGCGCCCGGUCGUGCUCUGCUUCUGGUCACUGCCCAUCUUCUACACGGCGCUCUUUGCCAUUUACUCGGUGUGGGUGUACCAGUCUGAGGACAUGGACCGCCAUGUUGGCUCGUUUGAAAUUCCAGCCGACGCCAUGUUUGCGUUUGAAGACAUUUGCUGCAUCCUUGGUGCGGUUGUCAUCGAGUACCUUGUGGCGCCGGGCUACCAGCGGGUCUUUGGCGUGCCGUUCCGCUCGAUUCCGCGGAUGAAGUUUGGCCUCUGCUGCGGCGUGCUGGCAUACGUCGGCUCCGCGCUUGUCCAGCGCGAGAUCGAUGCAAAGGGCAAGGGCGUGGUCCCAGUCUACUGGCAAUUGCCACAGUACAUGGCCAUCGCCAUCGGCGAGGUCUUUAUCGGCGUCUCGGGCCUCGAGUUUGCGUAUGCGCGCUCGCCGCCGGCGCUGCGCAACCAGGUGACGGCGAUGUGGUCGAUUGUGCAAGCGGUCGGCUCGCUCAUUGCGGCCGGCCUGUUUGGCAAUCCUGCGUCGGCGAGUGCCAUGUACAUCGCUUACUUUGUCAUGGCUGGCCUCUGCUUUGUCACGCUGGUGGCCUUCUCCAUCUCAGUCCGCAACAUCCCAGCGGUGGCGCCAAACGUGCUGCUGCGGGUCGGUGACUACGGUUCGUCGACCACCGACGAGGACGACGACGUCGGCGAAUUUGUGCCAAUGGACGAACCCGAUGGCCGCGACUGCAGCUCAGUGCUGGUGGCGCGCUCAACGCGCUCGCUGCGCGCGAAUGCUCCGGCCAAUGCCGCGGAAGCCACGCCGCUUUUGGGCAGCGGGUAAGCAAUGUGGCGACUCCAAAGGCGGAGUGCACUACGUGAUUGUAGCCGCGAGAGCAGCACCGGCGCGGUCUGCGGCCGAGUGCAUGCUGGCGGCUGCGGCCUCAAUGUUGCGAAUGGCAGUGUCGAGGAGGACUAGAUCGUGAUGGCGGACUAGCCGCUGGGUAUGUGCGAGCACGUUGCGCAGUAGAAUGGCGUAUUUUUCGAGCCGGUACAUCGGCUUGUUCAGCAGCGGCGAGAGGCCGACAAGGCCGUCGGUCAGCUCACGGGUUUGGAGGAACGAAGCGAAUGCUGGGGCUCUUGCCUGGGCGCGUGAGAGCCGCGAGACGCAGAUCGCCACGUUUUUCCCGUAGGCCUUGAACAGCGACUUUCCGUCGUGUGCAAGGGCAACAAAGGCGUCACCGAGCGUGGUGUACGCGUUCCACGCGGCAGCCUUGGACGUUAGCUGAGUGAGCAAGGUGCGGUGGAGGACAAGGAGCUGUGACGAGCCGGUGCCAGUGACGGCAUCGAUCUCGUCGGCCGAAAACAGAAUCGGCUCGUCC